AUGACUUCACAAGACGAGAAGAGUGUCUCGAUGGAGAGCCCGCAAGGCAAACCUGAAGAGAAGAGUGUCGUCAAAUCCGAGGGCGUCUUGUCUCCCUCAACAGUGGCAUCAACCUCGGAGACGUCUCGCUCUACCUCACCAUCAGACCGCUGGAAACUUCCAGACCAGACCGGCAGCGAGUUCAGUCGCAAGUUCCGGUACAAGUACGCCUCUUCAUACAGAAAGACCUUCGCAACAAUCUUCACAAUCAACCUCGCCGUCUUCGUCGCCCUCGUCGCCCAAGCCGACGGCAACCCCAGACCAAAGACUGUCGGCAACGCCGCCUCCGCAAACCUCAUGACCUCCCUCCUCUUCCGCCAGGAAGAAUGGGUCAACCUGGUCUACGAGAUCUUCACACUCGUCCCGCACUCCUGGCCCCUCUCCGUCCGCAAGCGCCUCGCAAAGGUCUUCCACUACGGCGGCUGCCACAGCGGCGCCGGCACCGCCGCCGUCGUCUGGUACAUCCUCUACACCGUCCUGGUGACCAAGGAGUACGUCGCGGACCCCCACAACGACAUCAGGGUCGACAUGAUCUGCAGCUGGGUCCUCGUCGGCAUGUUCCUCGUCAUCCUCACCUCCGCCCACCCCAACAUCCGCCGCCGCUUCCACGACUACUUCGAGGCCUUCCACCGCUUCGCCGGCUGGGUCGCCCUCGCCAACUUCUGGACGCACAACAUCUUCGCCGCCCGCGUCACCGCCCGCGAGGACUCCACCACCGUCGGCCGCGUCCUCCUCACAUCCCCCAACUUCUGGUUCAUCUGCGUCUCGACCUCGUGCUCCGUCGCCUCCUGGUCCCGCCUCCGCCGCGUCAAGGUCUACCCGGAGAAGCUGAGCGACCACGCGACGCGGCUGCACUUCAAGUACCGGACGAUGCAGCCCUUCUACGGGCUCAAGAUCAGCGACAGGCCGCUGACGGAGUGGCACGCCUUCGCGACGGUGCCGGACGUGGACGCCGAGUCGGGCGAGAUCAACGGCUUCAGCAUCGUCGUCAGCAACGCGGGCGACUGGACCAAGAAGCAGAUCUCCAAGCCCGCGGAGCGCAGGCUCUGGAUCCGCGGCGCGCCCCUGCACGGCCUGCUGUACACCUCGCGCGUCUUCCGGCAGAUCGUCGUCGUGGCCACGGGGUCGGGCAUCGGGCCGUGCCUGUCGCUGCUGUUCGCGGACGUGACGCCGCGGCGGGUCCUCUGGAGCACGAGGAACCCGCAGAAGACUUACGGCGACAAGGUCGUCGCGGCGGUGCGCAAGGCCGACCCGGAGGCCGUCAUCUGGAAUACGACGGAGCGCGGGCACCCGGACAUCGUCCUUGAGACAUACAAGCUUGUUCGGGCGUCCAAUGCCGAGGCGGUGUAUGUGAUUUCGAACCCCAAGGUGACCGAGAUGGUUGUGUUUGGGAUGAUGUCGCGAGGAAUCCCAGCUUAUGGUGCCAUCUUUGACUCUUGA